GGUUCUAAAUUCUCUUAUAUCACACUAUAUGUGUAGACAAUCACUAUUGUUCUUGCAGUAUCAAACGUUACCUCAAGCAGUUUCCACUAUGCCCAAACCGUCCACUAGCAGCACAAAUCAUAAUGACGGCAGAAACAAUGCCGAACUUAGGCCACUAGUCCAAAAAGCAUGAAUCUUGAUAUCUACGAACCAAAGGCGGACGAUCAUUUCAUGAUUGAUGAAUUUGACAUAUCCAAAGUCUUUUACAACUUCCAAGUUUCUAUGCACAAGAGAAUACUUCAAGGCGAAUGCCUAAAAAUGGAAUCACAUGUACAAUAUGUAUUACUAUUAUUAUCAUCCAUCUUUUUGGUCAAGCCUAAACGCUUUCACGACAAUUUUGUGCAAUAUAUCUAUGACACUGUACUUGAAAAGGUUGUAAAGGAUUUGGCCAAGAAAUUUGACAUUUGCACACAUACCAUAAACUUGGACCAUAUGAGCAGAGUGUUUUCAUUGAUUGAUGAGUGCUUAACAACAAAAUCGACCGAGAUGAAGCGACUAUCAAGAUCAUGCAGUUAAAAGGUCAAACUUCAAGGAAGGAGUAUCGAAUUGUGAAGUCGUUCACUAUGAUCAUACAAAAGCAUCUAAAUACUGUAUUAGCGAUACAAUAAUGGAGCAAAAGCUCAUCACCCAGUAUUUGGAGCCGGCAUUGGCACCUUUAUUUGAUGACAUCCUGCAGGAUACACUAUUUCGUUGGACUGCCACAAUAAAUCAAGAAUCAAAAGCAACCACUGUUAUAUUCAUUAGCAGGAGCAGGCCAGAUGCGUAUGUCUCUGGAUUGCAUGGCAUCACUUGGGGCAUUGGCCGAGGCUUCAGCGAGAUAAAUCUUCGAUAGAAGCCAACAAUAACUAUUUGGUUGCGCAGAAUCUCAUUCGACUAGGUAUAUUCACCAAAAACGCU